AGGGCAUGUGAAGACCAUUUGGAAACUGAGAUAGUAGCGGUGUCCAGAUGAUGCAGCUGAUGGAAAGUGUGUCCUCAGGAUCAUCUGGCUGGAGCCAUGGCUCUGAAAGGGACCUCCGUGCUGCUCCUGCUGGCUGCUGCACUGGUGCUGUUGGGAGCACCAGCUACUGCAGAUCAGUACCAGAAGUUCCUCCUCCAGCACGUCGAUGCGAAUCCCACAGGCCGUAACGACAAGUACUGCAACAAACAAAUGCACUACGUGUUGAAGGAAUUGAGGAGGUUGGACCCAGAUCCUGGGGAAAAAGUCUGCAAGGACCCGAACACCUUCAUCCACGCGAACAGCAAAGCUAUCAGAGCCGUCUGCACUGACGAGGGAGGCACGGACUAUGAAACCAAGAGUGGCCAGAUCAUGCGCCAGAGCCGCAAUAGAUUCCAGGUCACCACCUGCACCUGGCGUGGAGGGAAACCACUUAACAACUGCAAAUACCAGGCUGCCGCUGACUUCAGGAUGAUCGUCAUCGCCUGCAAUGAGCAAAAGUUCCCCGUGCAUUUCGCCGAGAGCCAGAUCUGACGGGGUGAUGAGGAGGCCACUCCGGUUUCCCUCGCAUUCUGCUGCUGCCUCUCUUGGUGCAGAGUUCUCUUCAUUUUCUCUGCCUGUUAUGUAGUACAGCCCCCCUUAUGCCCCCUCACGCCCUGCUGCCCCUAGUGCCCGUUGCACAGUAUAGUCAACCCUCUCUCGCAUUGCUUUGGGUGAUGUGGGGAAUUGAUUGUCUCAGGCUGAGCCAUGGUAGCUGUU